CCCCUCCCUCCGGCCGCCCCGCUCGGCCGCCGCCGCGCUGCGUGCUGCCCCGGCAGAGCCGGCCUGUUCGAUAUAUAUAUAUAUAAAAUACAACCCCAGCGGAGGAGAUUUAACUGUAAAUGAAAGCUCGACUUGAAGAAGCCCCGAGACUCGAGUGAGUUCCGCGCUGGGCGCACGUGGUGGGGGAAGAUGAACGCGGCUGCCAGCAGUUACCCGAUGGCGUCGCUGUACGUGGGUGACCUGCACCCCGAUGUCACCGAGGCCAUGCUCUACGAGAAGUUCAGCCCCGCCGGGCCCGUCCUCUCCAUCCGGGUGUGCAGGGACAUGAUCACCCGCCGGUCCCUCGGCUAUGCCUAUGUUAACUUCCAGCAGCCGGCUGAUGCUGAGCGUGCUCUAGAUACCAUGAAUUUUGAUGUGAUCAAAGGAAAACCCAUUCGCAUCAUGUGGUCUCAGAGGGACCCCUCCUUGAGGAAGUCAGGG